ACCUGCUCUUCAUGGUGGCUGGUAUGACGGAUGAUAAACAGAUUGUAAGCAAAAGCAAAAACUAUGUGCGGACAGAAUUCGGCGUAAUAAUAGUAUUUAUUCGGAGAUUUAGGUUAAUGUUUUCUUCGUUUGCAGUUCAGGAGGCCGAAAAGAUCGUGCAACCUUUCUCCAUAUGAAAACGCAACCGUGCUAGCUUGGGGCGCAGGAUUGACAAACGAGUGUCCUUGAUCGAUCACAUAAAGGGCGGUUCCGAUUGUGUACAUCGGACAAAACCCACACAAUGGAUCUGGUGGACAUUGACAAAGUGUUGGAUGAUCUCGAGCUAAAUGAAGACGAUGGCACCAGUACGGCUACAAAAGCUUCGGACACAAGGUCGAGCGUUCGAGAAUCGGGUGUUUCAGUGAACGGCACCACGACAGAGCAGGCAGCAGCAGUUGGGCCGGCUCCCGUUUCGCAGGAAAAGCUAAAAUUUAAGGCCAAUGUAGUUAAUGUGUCGACGGUGUUUUCAAGCCUGAACGAGUACGUGAACGCGGGCGGUACGGAAUUGGGUGGUGUGAAGCAUGCGAGCCUCCACGAUUCCCACGAUCUGGGCAUACCAAGCGAAAGGAAGCCACUGCUAACGCCUCCUUCGAACUCUUCGAUUUCGUCCGAUGUGAAAACAUCCAACUCAGCGGCAGCAACGUCAUCCUCCGUACCAACGUCUCCGCAGCAUGUCGUGUCCUCUCCGACGACGUCACCCGACUCUUCCGCCUCGUCGGUGUCCUGCUGUUCAUCGCGAGCUGCUUCAUCCUCGGCAUCUUCUUCCGCACAUUCCUCUUCGCGUUCAUCGUCCUCUUCAGCGUCCUCGUCCGCAUCCAGCAGCGAUGCUGAAGAUGGUGACAAGCGUGCAGCGAAAGGUGAACGUGCCCUUGGUCACGUGCACGAAAAGCUUCCCGAGGAACUAUCGUCACUGAGCGCCGAUGAUUACGUACUGGACACGUCCUCAAUGACCACGCUGGCCACUACAAAUGAAGGAGCCGCACGGAAGGGAGCGACGACGGCCGAUGCCCAGGAUACGUCGGCCUUUUCCUACAAGAAUAGCCUGUACUCGGACACGCUGAGCAAUGAUGUGAUAAAUUUAGAAGGAAUCUCUUCCAUCUCCUCCAUCGUGGCUGUCGACCUGACGAAAAGCGCACGGGAGGCGAUCGGAUUGGUGGAGGGUGCUCCGGUGGCGAAGGACGAGAUAGAAACGACGGCACAGGAUGAUGUGGAACGGCCGGUAAAGCCACCGGACGCGGAUGAUGCACGCAAACCGGUGGUCGGUUUCGAAUCGACGAUGGACGAUGUGUCCGAUACGGAGCUGGAAAGCUAUUUGCAGGAGCUGGAAGAGUUUGAUUUUCGUAGCGUGAACGUUGAAUCGACGGUGCCACCGAAACCGGAAGCGGAAUCGUUUACCGUGCCGGACACUGCGGUAGAAACGCAGCCGGAAGUUGAGCAUGCGGCUGUCGAGUUGGAGAGCACUGUGCCGAUUGUGAAGGAUCGUGCCGAUGAAAACAGUAUCGACAGUCGUAGCGAUGAUGAAAUAAGCCCUAGCUCCUCCCGGGGUGACAAUGAGGAAGAUUUAAUAUCCCAGGCGUCUACACUAGAGUUUAACGAUUUGGCAAUGGGUGCGACUGCGGCAGUGGCGGCUACGACGCCUCAUCCACCGGCAAUCGGAGCCCCGGUAGUAGAAGCACCAGAAGGAGCAAUGGCAAUGGCUUCCGAGCUCGACAUUCCCAUUCCGGUCGAUACGGAAGUGUCGGGAGAUUUUCCGCUGGACGAAGAUGGAAGUGAGAUCAAGUUUAUUGACUGCACAGAAACGGAAUCGGAACGUCGACUGAUGGAUUCCCCGGAAGAUGAAAUCAACCGAAUGAGCCUGUCACAUCCCGAACGGCCAACGUCUCUGGAGCUGGGGAAUGGCAUAGUAACCGAGGGAGAUGGGCUGGUGGAAGGUAACUUUCCUUCUUCACCAGGCCAUACACCUCCUUCAUCGCGUGCUUUAGUUCCGGAUCAAGGUCUCACGCUGUCCUCUACCAGUUCGGAUGAUUUUGCUGCCUCGAUUGAAGGAAGAACGGCAGCGCACGGUGGCGUGGUGGAUGACGGCUCACGAUUAGCUAUUGCCGAUCCGAUUCAAUCGCCCAUCGCAGCUCCAAUAACGGUGGCUCCGUUGCUAAGCCCAGCGCAGGCACAACUCGGUAAGAUACAACCGUUUUGGGUGCCGGACAAUUCAACCAAAUUCUGCAUGCAGUGUAACCAAAAGUUUUCCGUCAUCAAAAGACGUCACCAUUGCCGGGCCUGUGGCCAGGUGCUCUGUUCGUCCUGCUGCUGUUUGAAGGCGAAGCUUGAAUACCUGGGUGACGUCGAGGCACGCGUCUGCAUCGAGUGUGAUGUGAUACUGAGCAUUCAGCAGCAGCAAGCGAUGGAGGCUGAUCACCAGCACCAGCAGCUGGCCGGUGCAAUGGCAACCGAUGGCCGAAGUUUACUAUCGGCAGGAGUCAGCAGCAGUAACAGUAGGCAGCCGAAUCCAAAUAAUCCGAUGGAAUAUUGCUCGGUAAUUCCUCCGCUGCAGCAGGCCGCCGCUAGCAACCAGCCCCAGUCGCCAAUCUCCGUCAUGGUGCCGGUAGGCGUGCUGAAGCGUGCCGGCGCUCCACGGAACAUGCGCAAAGACAAGAACGUCAUCUUUAGCGACGGUAUACGGCCCGGGUGCGAUCUAACCGAGCUCGAUCAGAACUGGGAUGCGGUACCGACACGCACGUCUCCUCCGCGGUCCCGCAAACCGCGCGUCCAAACACCGCCCGGCGGCGACGAUGGCGAUGCCAGUGCGGUUCCCCGUGCCGGCGGACAGCUCACGUGCUUGAUACCGCCGGAAGAAAACAAACUACCGCCGGUGCUGAAGCGGAUCAGCCCAACCGAAAGCAAGCUGGUCGAGAUCGAAAACGACGCAUCGCUGUUGGAAGGACUGCGCGAGGUAACGCUCACGUUUGCGAUACAGAAAAACUUCCACGUGCUGGUGACGGUGGUCGAACUGGCCUGCUGCAUCAAUCGGACUGUGAUCAACUUCACCACCCGUGGGUUACAUUACGUGGGUCAGGACGAGAUUAUCAUCCUGCUCGUGCUGGGUGACUCGCGGGUACUGCCGAAGGACAUCUUUACGCAUCUGAACGAAAUCUACUGCGAGGCGGAUCGGGGACACAUCAUUACGGAACUCGGAUUUUCGCCUGCCCGUUCGAACAGCUUUCUUGGCUCGAAGAACCAUGGUGGAUUUCUGUACGUACGCCCGACGUACCAGUGCAUGAAGGCGGUCAUUACGCCCGAGGCACCGUACUUGAUCGGUAUACUGAUUCACCGCUGGGAGGUACCGUGGGCAAAGAUACUGCCGCUGCGGUUGAUGCUACGCCUUGGCGCACUCUACCAAUACUAUCCCUGUCCGCACGUGAGCGAACGGGAGCGCGAAUCGGUGUACGUGGAGAUUGCCCAAACGAUCGUGAAUCUGUUGGCGGACUUUCGCCACUUCAGCUACACCAUUCCGAGCGUACGCGGCAUGGUGAUCCAUCUCGAGGACCACAAGACGAGCAUACUGAUACCGCGCAAUCGGUACGAGCAGAUGGUGAAGGUGGUGGACGGUUCCAGCGAACAACUGAUGGCUGUGGGUGGAAACUUUAGCAAGCAAGCCGAUGGGCACCUGGUGUGCAUACAGAACACGGAAUCGGGCUGUCCGGAAGCGACGCAGUAUACGACACAAGCGAUCGAUAUCGAGAGUCAACCGCGUAAGGUAACAGGAGCAAGCUUCCUGGUGCUCGAUGGGUCACUCAAGCCCAACUCCGGGCUGACCGGUCGGUGUACCAUCUUGGAGGAUGGGCUAAAAGUGCUUAUACCACCGGUAAAGCUGCAGCUCGUAAAGGAAGCGCUGAAAGCGAUGAAAGAUUAUCAAAUCGUUUGUGGACCAACCGAGGGAGACGACAGCCAGAAGGAGCUGGUUUCCAUUGAGUGGACGGCUAACGAUUUGAACUUUAACAUUGGCGUUACGUCGCCGAUCGAUCGCAAAGCGUUUGACGGUGUGCCGAGCAUUCGGGUGCACCGGGGUACGGAUUACUCCAACUCGAAUCACAUCAUCCGCUGGACGGAAGUCUUUAUUCUGAAGGGAGAUGAAGAAUCUAAUCAUCCCGGUGAUCCGAUCAACAUGUCGAAGGUUUCGGAAACGGUCGCCAAAACGGCUUGCAAGGCACUGAUCGAGUAUCUGGACCUGCUGGCAUCCAAUGGUCACACGAAACUUGCCCUCCGUAUCAGUUCCAACCGUGGACAGAUGGCGUACGUAGCGGGUAGCGGUGGCAACAAGCUUGCUCCGCUGUACUCGAAUGCGCUCGGCCAGGUAGUGAUGGAGUUGCUGGAGCGCCAGGCAACCGCGCUGCAUCUCGACCAGCAUGAUAUUGUAUUCGAACUGAUAUUCCACAUUCUUGACAAGUAAUGCAUAACGCCAGAACUGAGUGUGGUGGAACACCCCGGGCGACAACAGCAACCCGACAGCCGCCGUCUGCGAUGAGUUUUUUUGCGUAUGCGUUGGUAUUUGUUGCGGUUGUUGCGUAGAAUGUGUUUGGAAGAUAAACUUCUGUCGUGUUUAGCUUUUUCCUAGCGAGUCGCUCUGUACUGGCUUCAGUUCAGUUUCGCCGGAAGGCGAAAAAAGCACUCGAUUGUAUUAUUUGCUUCAAACAAACCAAUUAAAACCAAGUGCUAGCCGGGUGCGACAGACAGGUACAGGAGAAACGCAUCCGAUCGCCGUCGGAAUGCAUAGCAAACCGAAGGGAAAAGGUGUGGAUGGGAAGCACUGGAGACCGGAUAGAACGUGAAACAUACACACCAGGUGCAUGCCGUGAAUUAUAUAGAGUAUAUAGAUUAUACAUAUACAUAUAUAUAUACAUAGACAUAGAUAUAUAUUUCUUAUAUAUAUAGUUAAAAUUAUUGAAAGGACAUACGGAAGAAGCCAGUCACACGUUUAGUAUGUCGCUGUUUAUAGGUGGGACGGUUAGGUUGGGAAGAGGAAUAUUUAUAUAUGAUUUGGAAGUUUUAGUGCCGACAGACAAAGAAACAAACAAGAAAAAAACAACCCGGGUUGACGCAAUAUGGCAGCAAUUGGCAUAUUUUGCAAACAAUGAUAGUUACUACGUUCAGAGCGAAAGCUGGCCAAGUUGCAUGCAUUGAUAAUAGCAAAUAUAUAUUAGUGCCCACGAGUGCACCUACCAACGUAAUUCACGGGGUGCGCGUAUGGCGAUUUU